AAAGCCAUUUACACUUAUAACUUCAACUUGAUUCUUAGGCGAUCAAAAAAGGAAAACUAUUAUGAAAAUGCAAUUUAAAACAAUUUGUCAGCGACACUGUAAGUCCGAAGGACUGGGUAGAGAAGUUCAAAAAGGAAAAAGAGAGGAAACCGAAAAUGUGAAAAUGAAAAUAAUAAUGAAAGAAUGAAUUAUGAACUUAUACGCGCCAGACCCGAAGGACCUUGCCAACAGGAACUCGCACUACCGCCCACACCACCCCAUUUUGUGGGACGUGAGUGGAAAGCGAAAAUGGUGUGGCACAAAAAUGAUUGUGUAUGUUAAGUUUGGCACGCGCCACGCCUACAAUAAACCGCAAAAGUCAAAGGAGCGACCGGGUGGGGGCUAUAAAGAUGGAGAGAGAUAGAGUGCCCACAAAAGUAUGCAACAUAUUUCACAGUUCGAGGCAGAUGGCGAUGGAAAAGGACAAAACAGACCCCAGGGAAAGCCCCACUGUCGCCACACGCCACACUCAAAAGCGUGACUGUUACUUGCAGAAUCCCACAAGGCCCAACGCCCCCUUGUCCACCCCCUUAACCCCACCAUGCCCGCCCCUCAAUCACCCCCCCUCCCAUUCGCAGAAGAAUUUUUGAAUUAUGAGCGCUCUGGGCGUAAGUUAUACUUAACUACAUGCCGCAAAAGUUGCUACGCUCUGUGUCAUAUUUAUUGCGAUUUCAUGUGCCAUUACACCCAGCAGCGAAAACGAGAGGGAACUAAGGCGAGAGGGAGACAGCGAGUGCCACCGAAACUGCCUGCUAAUCUGUUGAUAAAUAAACAUAGUGCACAACUUGAU